GCACCCAAUGUGUUACCGUUAAUAUCUCUCUAAUUGCUGCAACUCGCACACUUGACACUUCUCUCUCCCUUUCCCAAAAAAAUUCUGACGCAGGGAAACUCAAAGAGUCGAUCAGGAUCUAUGAAGAGACACGAUCAUACUAUGGUGUCAUCAUCUUCAUACAGGGAAAAUGUUGCGCCGGAAACCCUCCAUGGUAGGAGCAUCGGAUGCAUGUCCGGCGUUAUCCGCCUUGUUGGCAAAUACCAAAAUCGACACAAAUUCCUCACUUUCGGAAAGAAGCAGGAAAAGAAUGUGGUUUCUUCUUCGACAAAACUAAAACCCUCCUCGGCUUCCCCAUCAGUAGUGCAAGGACAAAACAGAAAAGAGAGAGACGGCACAGCCAUUGAUCUCCGGAGAUUCUCUUGCGACAUGCAAAGGAGCCCGACUCUGCCGGCAGACAUACGGCGCUCGCCGCAGAACUUCCCGACUCCUCCGGCGCUGGUGGCGAGGCUGAUGGGGUUGGAAGCCAUGCCGGAAUCGGCUGCCGAUAAGAGAAGGAAGCUGUUAGGAGCAUUGGAGAAAUGCAACGAGGACUUGAUCGAGCUCAAGAAGAUCAUCGAGGCCGUACAGUUGUCGGAGCGUCAGAAAUCAACGGCCACGGGUGUUGAAGGCGAAAUUAGGAAGGCGAAAAGGUGUUGGGAGUUCAACGGCCAGCCGAGUCCUGUGUCAGUGCUGGACGAGUUCAGUGGCUCUCCUUGGAGCGCACGCUACUGCCACUCCACUAGAAACACAAACGAUGCAGGACGAGUGCAACAGCAGCAAAGGCAACUAAGGAAGAAGCCAGGGGAAGAGGAAAUGAGUAGCAUAUAUUUCCAUGAGAGAAUGACAGUCGAAGCAGUAAUUCAAACGAGCUCGAGAGGAGAGAAGGAAAUGAGUAACAUAUGGAGCAGCAAAGCCAUGAUAGAGAGUUUAGAGGAAGUGUGUAGGGACAUUGCUUGGGGAGAGAGGAGGGAAAUUGGAAGAAUUGGGUUGGCUCUUCAGGAUCACAUAUGCAGCGACUUAAUUGAAGAGAUUGCCAGAGAAAUGGGAUCUUGUGGCAUGGAUGCACUGCCCUUUGAGGCAUGUAAGAGAAGACUCUGUUUCUAAAUAUUGGUGUGUUUUGUAGCCUCAUUGAAUAUAAAUAUGUUUUUGCCCUAAACAUUUUCUUUAAUGCCAUUUAUUUGUUUUCCUUC